CCCGAGUCGGGGCGCACCAUGCCCGCGGUGCUGGGGUUCGAAGGCAGCGCCAACAAGAUCGGCGUGGGCGUGGUGCGCGACGGCACGGUGCUGGCGAACCCGCGGCGCACCUACGUCACGGCCCCGGGCACCGGAUUCCUCCCAGGUGAUACGGCCAGGCACCAUCGAGCUGUUAUCCUUGACCUACUGCAAGAGGCACUAACAGAGGCUGGACUAACCUCCCAGGACAUUGAUUGCAUUGCUUACACCAAAGGUCCUGGUAUGGGAGCCCCACUGGCUUCUGUAGCUGUCGUUGCCCGUACUGUGGCCCAGUUGUGGAAUAAGCCUUUGCUAGGUGUGAACCACUGCAUAGGCCAUAUUGAAAUGGGCCGUCUCAUCACUGGAGCCGUUAGCCCAACUGUUUUGUAUGUCAGCGGAGGAAAUACUCAGGUGAUUUCCUACUCAGAACACCGUUACCGCAUCUUUGGGGAAACGAUUGACAUUGCUGUGGGAAACUGUCUGGACCGUUUUGCUCGAGUGCUGAAGAUUUCCAAUGACCCAAGUCCGGGCUACAACAUUGAGCAGAUGGCAAAGCGAGGCAAGAAGCUAGUUGAGCUGCCAUACACUGUGAAGGGGAUGGAUGUCUCAUUCUCAGGGAUUCUGUCCUUCAUCGAGGAUGCAGCACAGAGAAUGUUGGCCACGGGGGAAUGUACCCCCGAGGACCUGUGUUUCUCCUUACAGGAGACUGUGUUUGCAAUGCUAGUGGAGAUCACAGAGCGAGCCAUGGCACACUGCGGCUCCAAGGAAGCGCUCAUCGUAGGAGGAGUUGGAUGUAACACGAGGCUGCAGGAGAUGAUGGCGGCCAUGUGCCAGGAGCGGGGGGCCCAGCUCUUUGCAACGGAUGAGAGAUUCUGCAUUGACAAUGGAGCCAUGAUAGCCCAAGCAGGUUGGGAGAUGUUUCAGGCUGGACACAGGACCCCUCUCAGAGAGUCUGGAAUUACGCAGAGGUACAGGACAGACGAAGUAGAGGUGACGUGGAGGGACUGACAGCGUCAACAGGAACACAACAGCUUUCCAAGUGCUGGCAUGGGAGGGAGUCUGGGGGGUGCUGCGGACUCCCCUCUUCUUGGGAGAGUGUAGGGACCCCAUACAAGGCGUGGGGUCCCUAUGGGACCCCAGGAUAACUCCACAAUAAAAAAAUUAUUUUUGUACAUUGA